AUGGAUAUAAAAGAACAACAAACUAAUGACAACAGCAAAGAACAAAGAAGUACUGAACCACAGGCAAAUGGUCAAUCACAAGAAGCGGAGCAACAGCAGCAAGAUCAGCCGGAUCAACACCCACAAUAUGAACUUGCCGCACCAUAUGCAAAUUUGGCACAUUCAAAUACCCCAGUUGUUGUAGAUCCGACACUUCAAUCUGAACACACGAAAUCAUCAAGUGCUUUUCAACCGGUUACAUAUGCUCAACCUUAUAGCCUGAUUAUGAAUCCUCAAUUUGCUAUUGGUGCUGUCAGUGCUCCCCCUGCAGCAUCAUCGGGUAUAGAAGAGCAGGAAGAACCACUUUACGUGAACGCGAAGCAGUAUCACAGAAUUUUGAAAAGACGAGCGGCCAGAGCAAGAUUGGAAGCAGAAAAUAAAAUACAGAGAGGAAGGAAGAAAUAUCUUCAUGAAUCCCGUCACAAACAUGCAAUGCGUCGCCCUCGCGGCCCCGGUGGUCGUUUUCUCACUGCAGCAGAGAUUGAACAACAAAAAAAGGACAACGAAAACUCACAAUCACAAAUUCAGCAACAGAAUGGUUCCGGUUCCGAUACUCGAAAUCUCAUGUUAUCAGAGAAUGGAGUUAAACAAGAA